AUGUAUUCGCAUUUUUUUCAAAUUGAAUCUGAAGAAACAGAUAAAAUAAAAGCUGAAUCUUGUUUUAAAUCUAAAACUGGACAAUAUUUUGUUAAACCCGGUAUUCAAACCAGUUUAUCAUAUUUAAUCAAAUUAUUAAACCAGAAGCUAAAAGAAGAAUUAACACUAAAUGAAAAUAAUGAAACUCGAGAUACAUUUAUAUCUAACGAGUUUAUUGACAAGCAUCCGCUUUUAAAAUCUUUAAUUAGAUGGUAUCAACAAAAUGACUCGGAAAACAACAACAAAGCAAAUAGAUACACUGAAUCAAUUAAAAAAUUUGCCAUAUGCUUAUAUAUUUUCGGUGGUAAACAAUGUUAUGAGUUCGUUCGUUUAAAUAUGCCUGGUAGUAUACCGUAUUUGUCAACACUUGGUGAUUUAAUUAACAAAUCGAAUAUGACUUUAACUGAAACAGAAUUUAAAUUUGACUCACUUCAAAAGUUUCAAUCAGGUUUUGGAUUUUGUUCUGAAGAUACUACUGGUGUCAUUCCUAAAAUUGAAUACGAUUCGUCGACAAACUCAUUCAUUGGAUUUACAACACGAAUUGUUGAUGGUAUUCCAUUGAUGAAACAUUAUCAAGCUGAUACAUUUGAUGAUUUUUAA